AUGACAAACGCUGCCAAUGCACAUGUCCCUCCUAAUUACCAUAUUCAAUUUCUCCAGCAGUUCACGAUAAAAGAACAUACAAGACUUGCCCAACCAGAAGCAUUAACAGCCAAACAGCAUGCAGUUCAUAGAAAACAGCUACGCACUACCCAGUCACUCCAGCCCUGCUAUGCAGACGAAACCAAAAUCAAUCUCACCAGCCUGUCAAGGAAAUGGAAAAAGUAUAGAUGUUAUUCAAUUCCAGCUUUUACCAAGGGACUAUUGGCUUAUUAUUUUGCAAGGUACUGUACCAAGAUUUUACAGACUGAAGACAGCAGAUCCGCAAUUAAAAACCUCGAGCGCGAAACUACAAUGGAUUUUUUAUGCUUUAUUUGUGAGAAGUAUAAGAUUAAAUCUUGGGGUACAAUGGCUCAAUACAUACGCCAAUUUCAACAACUUUACCGGUUGAUUACCGGCGAAUAUAUGGAUCGAAAUGACAGCGAGGAAGUUUAUAAGUACUUCCGCCAGGUCUUGAUUCCCCGUUUUAAACUUCAUGCUCCGAAUAUUGAGGGCAAGCCUGUCCUUAAUGUUGACACGCUGCGGGUUCUUUUGACCUUUAAUAUCGGAUAUGACAACAGGAGUUUGGCACUUGGGCGGCUCCGCCUACAGCUAAGUGCAUGCUACCAGCUUUUGUGCUAUACUGGAGUGCGACCCGCAGAGCUGGUGGAAGCUCAGCGAAAGCGGCCAACUGACGGGUCUUAUGAAAAACUUUUUAAACGCAAGACCAUCCAGUCAGCUGAUGAUGAUGAUGAUGAUGAUGAUGAUGACUCGUCUGAAGCAGCAGAUGCUUCAUCUGUUGAGGUCAAUAAGCUGCUUUUGCAAGAGCCUAUUACUCGCGACCGCCCCAAGGCUCUUUGUUACGAGGACAUUCUAUUUUCAAUAAUCCGCCACCCUGCCACGAAGCAAACUAUUCCUGCCAUGGCUAUUAAGUUCACCCACCACAAAGGAGCGGAUAAAAAGCCGAAGCCGACUAUAUUCUUCUUUACGCCAACUAAUAAGCUAAUAUUUGACGUGAUUCUCACUAUUGCUGCCUUGGCAUUGGCUGACAAAGCAUUUGCGGCAGAGAGUAUAACUGAUGCACAGUCCCUGUUUCAGAAAAGCCCAUGGGGCAAACGGGACGGUAUUGCGCUCCGAUGGAAACAAGACAUGCUCAAGAUCCCGAUAUUUCGUCGAAUUCGGAACUCGGCUCUCUCUCCCAAUGAGGCAAUGUUGUACUCUACGCUUAAUGAGGAAAUGGGCCAGCAGAGCCUUGACACAGGUCACGAAAAGAAGUUGACACCAAGAUCUGCUCGAAGAGGUGCUGGUAACGCUGCUAAUGGUGACGCUCCUGAUUCUGUCCGUGAUCAAAUGAUGCGCCAUGAUCCCAAAUUUGCGACAUUCUUCAACGCUUACCUCAAUGAAAAUGCCAAAUUCGAUCUCCAGAAUGCUUUCCUAGAGGAGGAAAAGGAAGUCCAGCUAUUCCGAAUGUUUGCACAUGUUAGUUUAACACGCGACCCACGAGCCGUGAGAGAUAUGGUACCAAAAGAAGUGUGGGAGGCCGCGCCCCCAGACCCAGAGAUUGUCAAGUUGGAAGAGGAACGCGACUCUCUCAAGCAAGGCCUUAGCCGUAUUGAAGGCAGUGCAGAUGAGGGAAGAAUCCGACAGCUCACUAGCGACAUUCGACUUAAGAGAGCCCAGCGCGAGAGAAGAAUCGUGAAGCAGUUCCGCGAAUACUACUUCCAGCAUCGUCCGACCUGGGACCUUGAGGCACAAGCACGAGGAGAGGUAGAAGAGCCUUUGGAGGAACCAAAAUUGCACUCUACCAUUGCCGAGCGAGCAAGGCUGGCCCAUAUUCUUUGCCAUCAGCCCGAAAACUGGACCAAUGAGGAGAUCCUACAGCGUAGGAUUGAAGCCGUCCAAUUGAUGGUAGACUUUUGCAAUAAGAAAGAGCCGAGAAAUAUCCUCCAGGCCCAGCUAAGAACCCAAGCCGAGCAGUCUGUCAAGGAAGAACCGAAACUGGUCACCAUCUCCGAACUUGAAACUAACAUCUUUUCGAUGCUUAUGAAAACAAGUCAAUGUCCUAGCUGUAUUGGAGACAGCCAAAUGCCUCUCAAGGAGAGGACAUUCGAGUUCUGUAGGGACACAGUUAGGAAUGACCACUGGGACGACAGGCACUUGCCAGAAUUAGAGCGUGCUGAGCAGCGUGCUGAGCCGAUUAUCUGCAAACACCCUGCGUGCGGAGACCAGAAGUUCAAGCAUCUGAAUCAUUUCAGGGCCCAUGUUAAGUCUGACCAUGGGAUAUCGCUUAGAUCACAAGACCAGGUCCUGCGCAGGCGGUUAAAAAAAGCAAAGCAUCGUCAGAUGGUUGUGAAAACAUAG